UAGCACAGACAAGCUCGUCCUCCGCUCUAUGCUGCAGAUGUUUGUGAGACAGUAGGUUGUUUACCUGCACUGUUUAUAUUCCUACGAAAAUUUAAUAAUGGAAGGAAAUGUUUGCAACAUCCAGGUGCUUCUUCGGGCUGCUGAGUUUCUCGAGAGGAGAGAGCGAGAGGCAGAACAUGGAUAUGCUUCACUCCUGCCUCUCAGUCCAGGUCAAUCUGAUAAAAGAAGCAGACAGAAGAGCAAGAGGAUAUCUGCUAGUGGCAAUAGAUCAGUUCACAACGAGCUGGAGAAAAACAGACGAGCUCAGCUGAGGCACUGUUUGGAGCAGCUGAAGAAACAGGUUCCUCUGUCAUCGGACUCCGUGAGGAACACCACUCUCAACUUGCUGAGACAAGCCCAGCUUCACAUAAAGAAGCUGCAGGAGCAGGACGAGCGUGCAGAGCAGCUUAAGGGACGCCUACGCUGGGAGCAGAGAGAGCUGCAGGUUCGGCUGGAGCAGCUGCAGCGAGGCACUGAGAGGAUGAGGAACAACAGCCAGGGCUCCACCAUGUCCUCUGAGAGAUCAGACUCUGACAGAGAGGACGUGGAAGUUGAUGUGGAAAGCAUCGUGUUUGACUGUGUGGACUCUGACAGACUGAGUAUUGCUCACACUGACGCAGACCACUGUUACUCCAGCAUGGACAAGCCCUGGCUAUGACAGCGGCAAGCAUGCAGUGUUUGCCAUGUGGACAGGAAGAGGAGAAAACAUUCCAAACACACACAAAAAACAAGAAGGACGAGGGAGAAAGAUGUUACUGUACAACUGAACACUUUUUUACAGUACUACCUUUUGGCAUUCCCUUUUCAAAACGACUAAAUAAGCGAAGUGAAUCCAUUUGCACUGAACAGCAGUUUAAAUCACUGAGUGGGGAAUGAUGUUGUAUUAUGUUUUGUCAUCAGCUGUUUAUGGUAUUCUUUUUUCCCAAAGCCAUGAGGUGUUUACUUUCUAAUGAUCCAAGCAUUCAUUCUUCUUUAAGGGCUUUUUAAACUUAAAUUGGCCUUUGUACUCUACAGCAGUUUUUGCCUUAAGCCAGAUUUGGUCAGUUAUUCUACACAGCUUUUCCUUAGCACUAAGUUUGUUUUUCAGUAAUGUCAUGUUUAGCAUGCACUUAAAAUAUUAAUCUGGGCUAUAUUUUGUGUUACUGUCAGUUAUUAAGUUAAGUUCGUCAUGUAUUUAGCUCUUUUUCUUCUGUUGCACAUUACGUCCAUGCUUUGCACUUGUUUCAUCUUGAAGAUUUUGGGGGUUUAUCCAAAGGAAAAUAGUAAACCACAAAAAAACUGGUCACAUUUGCACAUUGUUAUUUGGCCAUAAAGUCACAUGGCAAAUAUCAAUUUGAUGUAUUGUUACACAGUUUUAUAUGUAAUUACAAAGAAAAAAUAAGCUUCUGUGAAAGUUAAAUUGUGUUUCAUUCACUAAUAUUAGCUGGUUCUGAAGUGUUGGCCAUCAAAGUUUGCUUGUGCUUUUCAAGAUGGUAAUUAUGCAUUAAAUUUAACCAGUCAGUAUGUACUUGUAAUGUAUGUGAUCAAUGCUUUAUUACAAAUACAAAUAACUGAAGGUGCUUUUUCCCCAUUUCACUUUCUGUAUUAUGCAAGAUGCCUUAUUUGAGUCUUUUUCUCCACCCAGUAAUAUCAUGUAGCAUUUUUGUACUGGUGUAAGCUCUUUUUUUUUCUUUUUAAACAAAUAAAUAUUUUCUAUAUUU